AUCAAAGGCAGAGAGCAGAGAAACAGACAUCUUCUAGUUCCUCCCCAGCUCUUUACUUUUUCCGGUGCCUGUGAGUCAGUUGGGGGAGGGCAGCUCUCGCCCUGGCUGAUAGUUUGGUGACCUCACUUUAUGUACUGGAUGAAUUCCGCUGGGAGAUGGAACACAGCAGGCUUCUGGCUGGGCUGAUACUGGCUGCCCUUCUCCCCCAAGCCGUCUAUGCUCCCUCCUCCUCUCCAGUGGUCUGAACACAUUUUUGGGAAGGUUCUUGGAUCAAUCAAGCCCCAAGCUUUCCUCUUUUGCUCCAAGUCCUUCAGGACCUGUUCUCUGCUGGAACUGCAUCCUCGUGCCCUCUCUGGUCCCUGCAGUUUGUGGGAGAACUUCCUGAAGGCCUUUUCUUCGAGCCCCUUCAAGAUACCCGUGGAGGAAAUUGAGGACAAAGUGUUUUUGAAAUGCAAUACCAACAUCACAUGGCUAGAGGGAACGAUGGGAACACCCUUGUCAGAGAACAAAAGGCUGGACCUGGGAAAACGCAUCCUGGACCCACGAGGAAUGUAUAUGUGUAACGGGACAGAUACAGAUACGAAUGCCAACCAACUAUCUACUGUGCAAGUUUAUUAUCGAAUGUGCCAGAACUGUGUGGAGCUGAACCCAGCCUCCCUGGCUGGCAUCAUCAUCACUGACAUCAUUGCCACUCUGCUCCUCGCUUUGGGAGUCUACUGCUUUGCUGGACAUGAAACUGGAAGGCUCUCUGGGGCUGACAUUCAAGCUCUGUUAAGGAAUGACCAGGUCUAUCAGCCUCUCCGAGAUCGGGAGGAUGUUCAGUACAGCCGUCUUGGAGGAAACUGGCCUCAGAACAAGUGAACCUGGAACUAGCGGAUCUAGAAACAUCAGUUGUCAAUUGUACCUUCCCUCCUUGCUCAGCCAAUAAAGAAAUCCUCUUUCACUCA